UAUAUUCUCCGGGGACUGAGCUGCUGCCGCCGCUCGGGUGUUUACCCAGAGGGCCCUGCUUUCCUGCCGCUCCACCGCGCCGCAGACCACCUACUAUGAGCACUAAAAUCAAGUGGCGCAAGCCGAAGAAAAUCCGCAGCGACGUCAUCGCCACGGCCAAGGCCACGGGCCACACGCUCCAGUUCUGGCACGCCCUGCUGGUGGGCGACGAGCUCACCGUCAUCAGCAUCACGGAUGAGCCGGAGUCCAGCCACCUGGUCAACGCCAUCUACGACACCAGCGACAUCGAGGAGUGGAUGAACUACAGGCUCAACUACAGGAGCUUAAGAUUGUGGUCACUCACCUACGAGCAGGAGCUCACCACACCGCUGCACAUUGCCGCCGGCCGGGGCUUCGCCGACUGCCUCCGUCACCUCCUGCGGAGGGAGGCCGACGUGACGCUUUCGCCAGGGGGCACCACGGCGCUGCACGAGGCCUGCGAGGGUGGACACGGCGAGUGCGCCAGGCUGCUGCUCUCUUACGGGGCCAACGCCAACGCCGUCAACGAGGACGGUCUCAUGCCCCUGCACGUGUGCACCAGCCCCGAGUCCCUCGAGUGCGCCAAACACCUGCUGCAGUUCGGGGCCGCGGCCAACGGGCGCAGCCUGGAGGAGGACGACACGCCCCUGCACGUUGCCGCCAGGCACGGCCUGCUGGACCACGUGGACCUGUACCUGCGCUAUGGGGCCGAGGUGGAGAAGCAGAACGACGAGGGCCAGACGCCGCUGAAUGCCGCGUGCUCUGAGCCGCAGGCCCCCGAGGACCGGGAGCGCUAUCUGCGCGUGUGCAGGAUGCUGCUGCGAGCCGGUGCCGACGUGCACACGGAGGACCGUGACAACCAGACGCCGCUGCACAUGGCCUGCAAGCAGGUGAACCCAGACGUGGUGGAGCUGCUGCUGCGCCGCGGCGCCAGCGUCAACUGCAUGUGCUACAGCGGCGACGCGCCCAUGCACAACGUGCUCAAAGCCACGGCCUACAAGUCAAGAAACCAGCCGGAGCGCGUCGUCCGCGCCCUGCUCAACCACGGCUCCAUCCGCGUCUGGCCCGGGGCCCUGGCCAAGGUGCUCAAGUACUGCUGCACAUCGCCCCGCACCAUCGAGGUGCUCCUCAACUCAUAUGACCGCCUCAAGAUCACCGACGCGUGGAGUGAGGCCGUGCCCCCCGACGUGUUCCAGGAGCACCGCCAGUUUUACGAGUCGCUGUUUGCCCUGAAGCAGACGCCGCGCUCCCUUCAGCACCUGGCGCGCUGCAAGCUCAGGCUCCUUCUGGAGGGACGCGUCCACGAGGCGGUGCCCAAACUGGGCCUGCCUACCUUCCUGCAAAACUACCUGCUCCUGGACUUCCGGGACUACGUCCACUGAGGGGGUCCCUGGGGCUGUGCUGCCCACGGCCCGGCCACUCGAGACGCUCCGGACAACAGGAGCCUCCGUGUCCGCUGUUGGACAGGCCUUGAUUCCCCUUGGGCUAAUAUAUGUCCCCCGGACACCUCACGGCAGCUCCGACUUUCAUACGUCCACGUGGAUCCCAAAGAUCACCACACUACAACCGAAACCGGAACGUCACACACAGUGUUUCCCAAACCAGCACGUUUCCUCACAUUCAUCUACCCAUCUGUUAAGCAAUAGCUACUUUGCCAGUGCAGGGUUACGAUGGUCUGGAGCCUGUCCUUGAAAUAUAUGGUGUGAGGCAGCGUACGCUAUGGACAGGACACCAGUCUAUCACUGGACAAUCUCCCACACACACACACACACACACACACA